CCUCCGGUCUCCGUUCUCACUCACUUCCUCAGUUCUCUGCCCUCCUCUUCAAAUUGAAUCGACAAAAUAGGUUAUUGAAUCGCAAUCUCCAUCUUCUCCGUUGAAUCGCUCCUUUCUCUAUCUUCUCCACCCUAUCCUAUUCCGGCUGCUUCUCAGACCGUCACGAGAAUCGGCGGAAAUCAAGUUCCGCAGUACGCUCUCCUUUCUCGAUAGUUCAUUCUACGGCACAGGUCUGGUAAUUUUUAAUUUUACUUUUUCAAAAAAAAAACACCUAAUUUUUUUGCUAAAGGUUUCUUCUGCUAAAUCAGUCUCUAUUAUUCAAUAGUCUUUAAAAGUACAUUGUUUGUACUUAUCUCUAUGCAAAUAGUAGCACUAGAAUAUGGACUUUUAGUUGGUGCGUGGCUAUCCAAAAGUCUCCAGCUUCUAUAUAUUUGUUUGAACUGAUCCUUCAAUUUAUUAAUCAAAUAUACAUACAGAUUUUGUAUAUACACAAUUAUCAAUGGAAUAAACUGCUCCUGGUCCUGCUUGUAUAUAUUUGCAUCCACUGACCACUAUGGCCAUUGUAUUUUUAGUUCAAUUUUAUUGCAUCCCUGAUGAAGUUUUUUCAGCUUAAUACAAUUGCUGCAUCCCUAAUUCUCCAUGAUGAUUUGCGAUGAACUGUAUUUUUUGGGUAUAAUUGCAUUUUGUAGUGUUUCUUGAUGAAGGUUUUUUUAGUUUAAUACAAUUGCUGCAUCCCUAAUUCCGGUGAUGAUUUGUGAUGAACUGUAUGUUUUGGCUAUAAUUACAUUUUGUAGUGUUUUACUUGUAAAAUAUUUAAAAAAUUCAAUUCUAAAAGGUAAUACAGUUCGGUCUUUUCGGUCCAUACCGGUCCGGUCCAAGGGUUUUCGGUCGGUCCAGUCUAAAAACGAACAUUUAUAGGUCCGGUCUUCGGUCCUAAUUUUUUCCCAUUUUGGUCUUCGGUCUGAUUCGGUCUGGUCCUGGACCGAUGAACACCCCUAUCUCCGAUACCGGGAAAUGGAGAAGCACCGCCCUUCUUGUUAUAGACAUGCAGAAUGAUUUCAUACUACCAGGUGGCCCUUUGUGCGUCAGAGGCGGCGAAGCCAUCGUCCCCGGCGUUAUUAAGGCCGUUGAGGUUGCAAGAAGCCGUGGCAUGCCUAUUAUUUGGGUUGUGCGUGAGCAUGAUCCAUCCGGAAGAGAUGUGGAGUUGUUUCGAAGAGACUUGUACUCCCCUGGGAAGCCAAAACCAACUACCAAGGGGAGUGUGGGUGCUGAACUCGUGGAAGGGCUUGUUGUCAAGGAAGGGGAUUACAAGUUGGUAAAGACGCGUUUUAGCGCAUUCUUUAACACAAACCUCCAUUCAUAUCUUCAAACCAAUGCGAUUACCAGCUUAACCGUCACCGGUGUCCAAACACCAAAUUGUAUAAGGCAGACAGCCUUUGAUGCAGUGGCGUGGAAUUAUCAACCUGUAACUGUUAUUGUUGAUGCAACGGCUGCUGCAACAUGUGAAGUACAUGCUUCAAACAUAUAUGACAUGAAAAAUAUUGAGGUGGCGACGCCCACGCUGGAAGAAUGGUGUGAAGGAUCCGAAUGCUAACUUGGCAUUGCAACUUCGUGCAUGUCUUUGUAUCUCAUGCUAUAUAAAUACAACUUGUUAGAUAGUGUCAUUGUAUCCACCUAAUGGUGUAAGUCAACCUUUAGAUGAAGACAGUAGGAUGUCGUACGUUGGCGAGGAAUCUCUCUUGAGGUCUUGGGGUUCUUUUUCCUCUCCAUUGUGAUCCCAAAAAAAAAACCACUUGUUAGAUUCACUUGUUUUCCUUUGUUGGUAAAACACAAUUUCUCUUAAAGUUCCCUUCUGUGUGGGAAUUGUUGUAAGUUGUAAUGUAUACAUCAAAGCAGAAAUUAAACUGCAUAUUUCUAU